AGAAGAAGAGGAAGCACUAUGAUUCCAUGAAGAUCUGCAGUGGAGAGGUAAAUGGUUUACUGCCGAGUUGUUCGGGACUGGAGGAUAUAAAAUCGGAAGAUGCCGCCUUACAUCGUGAUGACACAUCUCAUCCACGUAUUCUUAUGCGUAUAACGCGUAAAAAUAAUAUUGUAUCAGUGACAGAUCCGCGAACGAAUCAUAUAUCUCUGCAUAUAACACCAAAAAGCGAAGUUGAUGAAGGACGGGAACCUCCUCUGAAGGUUCCAAAGUUAAAAAUUCGGCUAAGUCGAAAUGGAGAAGAGCACGUAGUUGAUUCGGAACCAGCAAAGGAUCAUAUAUCGAAAAGUGCACCUCAUGAGAAGGAUAAGUUGGAAGAAAUGAGGUUUGCAAGUAGCGAUAUUGACCGGCUUGACCGACACAAGCGAGUAGCAGGACUGGAUCACAAUCGGAAAAUGACCAUUAUUAUACCGAAAUCCGUGAUUAAGAAUUCGUGUGCAUCUUCUUGUAACUCCGGCAAUUCGAUCUCAGCUGCUGUCAGUUCUAAUGCACAGUUCUCACCUAAUUCAGAAUUAUCGGAUGAGGAAGAUGAGCAGCUGCGUGCACAGGCUGAUAGCGUCAUCAGUCGUUUAAAUGACUGGGGCACGAAAAAUCCUGCAACGCGUCAAGCUGAUGCAAUUUCUCGGCUGGUUGGUUCUGCACCGUUAAUGACGCCGGUUCUAGAUCGACUUAUUCCAAAUGACCCAUGGUUUUUUAGAAUGGAAGUAAAAAAUCACUCAAGAGUUGACUCCAAUGAUAUUGCCCCUUCACGCAUGACAUGGCUUGCAUCUGCUGCCAGUCAUCCGCGCAGUUUGAAAACCACAAUCAGUAUCAGUAAGCCGAAUUAGAGUUGAAGUUUUCCUCUUUUUUUGUUUUUU